AGUUCUCGCUGAUGCUUCCGGCAUUUGUCUGAACGUGUGCUUUGGAUGGCGACAAGUCAGCUGAUUGGCGAUGCUGAGGGUGGACAGCGUUUCUGUAAACAAGAUGAAGAAGCUCUGCCAUUAAAAGAGGAACUAUGUAUUUCCCCUGAAAGCUGCCAACAGCUGGAGCCAGAGAUCCUAAAUUGUGCAGCAGAACUGUCAUUGUACAACACACUGAUCCACACAAGAGAUGAUGAUGAGGAGGAUGAUAUUUUUUUCGACAAUAAAGAUGUAAAUGUAGACCAUUCUUCCAAGGAUUUGAAGGUUUCAAACAGUGCAAGCAAAGAAGCACAGCCCCGGAGACCACAUACAGAUUUGACCGAUGACAAACCUCUAAGUGAAAUGGAACAUGUAACUAGGGAUUUUGUGACAGAAGAAAUAAAGAAUACAUCUGACUUACUGCAAGUCCUUCCAGAUAGCUCAUCCACUAUUAAACCAACUACAGAAGCUGAUGGAAGAGAGAGUUCUGUUACAGAGAUGGGGAUUGAUCCAACUCUGGAUAUUGAAGAAGAUCUUUAUCAAAGCAUAGAAGAAAUUGAAGAAGAAAAGACUAAUAAAAUCCCCAUCAUUUAUGACAAGAUCUCUAAAGAGGAUCGUAAAGUUGGAGUGGAACCGGAAAUGGAUAUUGUGGAGUAUUGCAGCAGAGAAUGGAGGGGCAAAACCAAUGCAGCCAAAGUAAUGAAGAAGGGUUAUGAGGAAGUGGCUCACCACUUCUGUUCCAUUAGGCGAGUAAGAGGUGAUAACUACUGUGCCUUAAGAGCUACAUUGUUCCAAGUUCUUCGACAGACAACUGAACUUCCACCUUUCUUAAAUGACGAAGAUCUCACUCAAUUGCCUGAAAAUUAUGUUGAGAAAUAUGACUGGAUAAAGCAGUGGAGACUCUGGCACGCACAUGAGAGCAAGAAAGUAUGGAUGCGACUAAAAGAAUAUUUAGAAUUACUCAAAAAAAAGUGGGUUGAACUGAGUGAAAUGAAGAUCCCAGCAGAGAAACAGAAAGCGUGCGAUGAGAUCUUUAAAAAUGAAGAUGAAGAGUACUGUUUGUAUGAAGCCGUGAAGUUUUUGAUGUUGAAAACUGCUAUUGAUUUAUAUAAUGCGAAUGUGGAGGGUAGGGAAGUCCCUGUAUUCUCCUGGCUGCUGUUUGCUCGCAAUAAUUCUAAUGAUCCUUGUGAAUUUAUGAAGAAUCACUUAAAUAAAGUGGGGCACACAGGAGGACUUGAGCAGGUAGAAAUGUUUUUGCUUGGAUAUGCGCUGCAGCACACCAUUAAAGUGUAUAGACUUUACAAAUAUGGAACAGAUGAAUUUGUCACACACUACCCAGAUGAUAAGCCAGAUUGGCCUGCGGUGAUUCUUAUAACAGAAGAUGAUCGUCAUUAUAACGUGCCUACUGGGGAGUUUGAAGAAACAAGUUUAUAAAGAACAGGCUAUUUGUGUGUGGUGUUUUGUUUUUUAAUAAAGCUAGUAUUCCUGCCGUGGGUAA